GCCAGAAACAAAGCGAAUGAAAUUAGAGCAUGUCAUGAUUGAGUUCAACGAGAAAAUCGGAUUUUCUAAUCUCGACGAACUCUACGCAAAGUUAAAAGAACGCAUCGAUCUGCAAAAAUGGAUUGUUUCACGCAGGGACAACAUUCUUUACAUACUUUACAUUGAAGAUAUCUCAUACCCAAAUAUCAAAUGUUGUGUUCGAGUGUCAGAAGAUUUCACUUUAAGAUUAUUUUAUGGAUCGCGGGUGGUGACAAAACUAAACGAGAAAUUCAAUGUACCAUUUAUCGUGAGUUCGGUCAUUGAAAUCAAAGAUAUUCUCCAUCAAGUGUUGAUAUCUAUGAACAAAAAAUAUCAAGAUUGUUCAGCAAUGGAGAACAUUAAUGCGUGCAUCGAUAUUUUGAAAUCUUUAUUAGUGAUAUUACCGCAGCGAAAGCCUGUCAUCGAGUUCUUGUUGUAGCAGAUAAAAAACCUGAACACUUUGAG